AUGCCUGCUAAAGAUAAUUCCCAAAUCAAUCCACAAACUCAAUGGAAAAAUAUAAACACCCAUAAUAAUAAUAAUAUUCCGAAUGGAGGACAAUCAAAUCAUAAUAGAAAUGAGCCCACUUAUACAUUACCUGGAGUUAUAAAUUAUUUGACUUCUGAGUUCACUCAUUUGGAAAGGUUUAAAAUAAUCACAAAUUUAGAAAAAUCAGAAAUGAAGUAUAAGAUUUUGCAUUUACAAGGAGAGGUAGAUUCAUUGAAAUUUAUAAACAAAAAGCAACAGGCUAAAAUUAAUAGUUUAGAACAGGAAAUACGAAUAUUGAAGAAAGAUCCUAAUUUAAAAGAUGAAGAGAAAACUGAAACAGACGAUUCUAUCCCGGAAGUAGAUUUGACUAUGAUUAAAGAAUCAAGAAAGCAAUUAAAAGACACAAUGAAAGAAAUAUUUACUAUACUCAAAGCACCAUCAUCAUCACUAGAACAAUUGAAUUUUCCAAACAAAAACGAAAAUGAAUUUGAUGCAUUGAUAGACAAAAGCGAUGAAGACUUUGAUUUCACUAAUUCCUCCAGCACUAAUAAUACAUCACCCAAGUCAAACGUGAUAUCAAGAUUUUUCACAGAUGAAAACGACAUGUCUAUCGAAGAAGAAGUAGCGUCUAGCCGAAAUUAUGUAAAUAGUGAUGAUGACAUUGACGAUGUUUUGGAAAGAGCUUUGUCAAAUGAUAGCGAAGCAGGGACGGUGAUAGGUGACAACGACGAAUCAGAAGAAAGACGAGAAAACAUAAACGAACCACGAGUGGAAGACUCAAAACCAUCAAUAAAUGAUUAUGUCGAUGAAGAGUUUGAUAAUAUAGAGGUUUAUGAUAAUUCGGAAUAUACCAUUUAUUUAAACUUCAAAGAAGCUGAUCAAAACGCUAAAUUGACUACUGUUUCAAAAGGUAACAGGAAAGUAAUAUUUAGUAAAGAACUUUCCUUAUCAAUGAAUCCAAAAAAAAUCUCAAACAUAUUUGCAUUACAUAAUGAAUCGUUUCUAUUAUUGGGAGAUGAAUUAAAGGUACUAGAUUUUCAUGACAAAGCAACUAAGUCCACCAAUUUAUUCUCAACCAAAAGCAACUUUUCAGAAAUCAGAUCGAGUUCAUUACUAAAAUUUGAAUCAAAAUCCGAUCUGAAGUCAAAUAUUUUUGGGUUAGCAAUUAAUGGUAUAACGAAUGGGACUAAAUUGUUUACAUCUAGAAUAUAUCAAUUAACUCAGAACAUAACGACUAAUCAAAUCACUCAAAAAGAAUUAGGAACUUUUGGCAAAAGAUUUUUGAGUAAAAAUAAAAAUGUCAAAAAUAUCACAUUUCUUGGAUGGGAUAAACUAGAUAUUGGUGAUUCAAACACGGAUGAUAAAUCAAGUAUUAGCUCUCUAAAAUCAUCAGGAGACUCAAGUCUAGCUCCAUAUAAUGUUCUAUAUCAAGUGGGAGAUCAAACUUUGCUGGUCAAUUUAAUGCUGAAACAAAUUUCUUAUGAGAUUGAAACAAAUAAUACAUAUUAA